AUGGCCUUCGCCUCUUCUAUACCGGGCUCUCUGCCAGAGGCUGGGCGACGCCCUCCGCGCUAUCCUGGCGAGGAUACCACACCGACAAGUCGACAAGAGAUUUGGGGAUGGUAUGCCUAUGGUAUUGCGGCGGAGGUCUUUGCCGUCUGUGGCGUAGGCUCCUUCCUACCUCUCACCUUGGAACAACUGGCACGCGAACGAGGGACCUUCAAAUCCAGCCAUCUCCCGUGUAUAGGGCCGGGCUCUCCUUCUGCUACUCCUGGAAAUGGAACCGCUCCGGCGCUAUUCCGGCGCGAUGGGACAGACGAGCAAUGUGUAGUCGGGUUGUUGGGUCUCCAGAUUAACACCGCUAGUUUCGCCAUGUACACCUUUUCUCUGGCAGUGCUUGUCCAAGCGCUUACCUUGGUGUCAUUUAGCGCUCUGGCAGACUACGAGAAUAACCGUAAAACGCUUCUGCUGGCAUUCGGGUUCAUCGGAUCCUUGACCAGCAUGUUGUUCAUAGUGAUCGCGCCUCCGGUCUUCGUCCUGGGAGCGCUGUUGGUGGUGAUUGGCGUAACCUGCCUCGGCUCGUCUUUUGUGGUCCUCAAUUCCUUUUUGCCUGUUUUGGUGGCCAACGACCCGUCCAUUCAAGAUGCAACCAAGGAAUCGGAGGAGGAGCUGCACCAGCUUGAUCCCAACGGAGACUUUUCUCCCCACAGCGAUUCGUUCGCUUGGAACGAGACCGAAUCCGGAGCUCAUGCUUCCUCACGACGGGGGCCGGGAGACACAUCGAAGUCAUCGCCGGAGCUGCAGCUGUCGACGCGGAUUUCGUCCAAGGGAGUAGGUUUGGGCUACUGUGCGGCAGUUUUGGUGCAGAUUCUGAGCAUCACCCUCCUCUUCACCCUGUCGAAAACGUCCAUCCCCAAGGCCUCGGGGACGCUUCCUAUGCGACUCGUGUUGCUACUGGUGGGGGUCUGGUGGUUUUCCUUCACCAUGGUGACGCGGCAAUGGCUGCGCAUCCGCCCGGGACCCCCGUUGCAUUCGGCCACGGCUGCUGGUGGACACAGCCGUCGCUGGCGCGCGUGGCUGGGACUGGUGGCAUUUGCUUGGAAAUCGUUGUGGAAAACCGUCAAGGUCGCGGUACAGCUUCGCGAGGUACUAAUUUUUCUGGUGGCAUGGUUCCUGUUGUCAGACGCAAUGGCUACGGUGUCCGGCACGGCGAUCCUAUUCGCGCGGACGGAGCUGAAGAUGAGCACCCCGUUGAUCGGAUUGUUGUCGGUCACAGUGACUCUCUGCGGUAUGGCAGGGGCGUUCCUGUGGCCAGUGGUGUCACGGCGCUUUGGACUCCGGUCCAACCAGACGAUCAUGGUUUGCAUUGCGCUGUUCGAACUCAUCCCUCUGUACGGCAUGCUGGGUUACAUCCCACUCUUCCAGCGAUGGGGAGUCAUUGGGAUCCAGCAGCCGUGGGAGAUUUUCCCUCUGGCGGUGGUGCAUGGGGUGGUCUCUGGGGGGCUGUCCUCAUACUGUAGAUCGUUCUUUGGACUGCUGAUCCCACCGGGUAGCGAGGCGGCGUUUUAUGCACUGUACGCAGCGACGGACAAGGGGAGCUCGUUUAUUGGGCCGGCCAUCGUGGGGAUGCUGGUUGACGCGACGGGCCAGGUGCGGGCCGGGUUUUUCUUCAUUGGGCCUUUGAUCUUGAUGCCAAUCCCCUUGAUCUGGAUGGUGAAUGCCGAAAAAGGUCGGCGAGACGCAGUUACCAUGGCAGAACACAUAGCGAGGGGAGAUGGAGGGAUUGAGCCGACCGAGGAAGCCGAGAGCUUGCUCUCUCGGCAUCUGUGA